AUGUCCGAGCUGACUGUAGUAUCAGAAAUCUAUGAAGAAUAUAAUUAUCAAACAGAAAACUCACCAAUAAGAAAAGGAAAUAUAAUUUCACAGUUUCCAUUUCUUUUACCGAAAGGAAAACUUAAAAAUUUUGAUGAGGAUGAUGAUCUGGAUAUUGAGAGACCAAGUCAUGAAGUUAUAAGAAUAGAACACAGUAUAAAAACAAACAUAGCUCUAGUUGGUCUUCAAGUAUGGAGAGGUGCACUCCUACUAGGAGAUCUUUUGAUAUAUUUAGGUGUAAAUGGAAAACUAGAUGGUAAAACUGUCUUAGAACUAGGAGCUGGUACAGGACUGACCAGUUUUGUAGCAGCAAUAUACGCUAAGAAAGUUAUUUGUACUGACAUCAAUGGUGGUGGCAUUCUCGAGUUAAUCAAAAUAAAUGCACUUGCUAAUUCGAAGUUAAUGAAAGCCCAGUUUGAAGUCCUUCCACUUGACUUUAAGAACAUAGGAUGGGGACACAGCUUAUUAAAAGGAAUACAACUCACAGAUAUUAUAAUAGCUGCUGAUGUGAUCUACGACGAUGAUGUUACAGCGGCAUUCGUAUCAACAAUACAAAAAAUUCUCAAUACAAACCCUCCGAAGACAAUGUAUAUAGUUUUAGAGAAGCGAUAUGUAUUCACCAUUGAGCAUAUGGACUCUGUGGCGCCGUGCUACGAAACAUUCCUGUCAUUAUUGGACAAAGUGAAGUCAGAAUGGAUAGUGGAACAGCUACCCCUCAAUUUUCCGAAAUACUUCACGUACGAUCGCGUUAAGGAAUUGGUACUUUGGAAAAUUACUUCCAAACGUCAUUAG